AUGCUCACUGACCAUUCGAAAUAAUAACUUGAUUAGUCGACUCAAUAAAAGCUCCCUCAGAACCCAUUUAAGACUAGUCCGAGACCAAAUAUAUUCCAAGCUAAUGAGUCAAGAUUUAGAGAAGAUAGAUAGAAUAGAUCAAGGAAUUUAGGAAAGGGAUCCAUUGAUCUGACUAAUGAGGAGUUGAAACAAAUUAAAAGAAGUCUUGAUCCUAAUUCAGGAAAUAGACGUCCCAAUUCAAUCCUUUAUUUAAAGCAAAAUACCGAAUAGUAGCUUUCUAACAUGCAUAAUUAAGAUUAAGUAACUGAGGGAAGAGGCUCUAUUUUGAAUCUUAAUUAAUCAGUGGCAUCUAUAAAUAUGUCUAAGCUCUAUGAUAACUAAUCAUAAAACACCAAUACACUAUAGACUUAAAGAGAAACCAUCUAAGAAUAGAAAAAGAUAUUUACAAAGAUUGAGGAAACAAAUAAUCAAAACAAUCAGAUUAAGAUGCUCUAUAGGAGUGAGCAUUCAAAUGACAAUCUCUUUGAUUAACAGUAAUAGCAACUAUAGUCGCAUUAGUAAAAUUAUCACGAUACCAGUUUCAGCAAUUUAGAUGAUUCAGGAAUAAUCUUUUAAAAUAUUCAAACUGAGUAGAGUUUGCUAAAGGAUAGCCGAUUAGUGGAAGACGUAAACAAUUAGAUAAAUUAUCUCAACAUCAAUGAUUAAAGCCGCAACUUAUCUUUGAAUAAGUCAAGAUUAUUAUCGCAGGAUCUUAAGAAAUAUCAUUUCUCAAUAGAUGCAUUUAAUGACAAGAUAGUAAUGGAAAAGUAGAACUUAUAAUAAAGUCCAUCUGUAUCGAGAAUAGAAAUCAGCAAAUUAUCGUUGCACCACCCUAAUGAACUUAAAGGGAGGAUUUCAAAUAUUACUAAUACUCAAAGGCUUUAAGAUCUAAGAAAUUAUAUAGAUUACCAUGAACCAAACGGAACAGAAUUAAUUAAACUAAUUGAAAAGAGAGCUAAUAAAUCAGUCCCCAGGGAAAGAUUGAAUGAAUAUAGGCAAAUAAUCUCAUAUGCAUAGAAACCAAAAUUUAGUGGAAACGCUGAUUUCAAAUUUAAUAAGAUUGAUUUUGAGUCAUUUAUUCUUGCACUUGAGUAGAUUAAGUUCUUUGACGACUUAGAAAGUAAAGCUCAGUUAGAAAAAUUUAGAAAACAGUUUAUUGAGCUUAACUUAAUGGAGUUUCAAGUUAUGUCAGAUUAAGAACUAAAACUCCUUAAAACUGUUAGGGAUAAAUACAAUUCCUUGUUGAAAAUCAAACCACAAACAAAGAUAGCUGGUAGACGAUAGAGUAAAAUUAUUGAAGAAAUAAAUUCUAUUAACUCAGAUAAGAUCAUAGUAUGUUACCAUGAGUCUAAAGAAAAUUUAAAUUCAGAUAUGCCUAAUGCCCGAACUAACUCAAAGAUAGUCAACUUAGAUAAUCAUAAACUAGUGCUAUUCGGAGGAAUUGGAAACAAUAUACUUAAUGAUUUGAGAGUCUAUGAUUUUCAUGAGUAAAAAUGGAGGUUAUUAGAAUAACUAAAUGAGGACAAGAAUGAUCUCCCAAUGCCGAGAUUUGGUCAUAGUUUGGAAAGCUAUAAAGCUAAAUUGAUUCUGUAUGGGGGUGCUGGCCAUUAUAUAGAGAGUUUAAAAUGUAGAUUCACUCAUUCAGAUCUGAGAAUGUUUGAUAAAAAUACUUAAAAAUGGGAUGAAAAAGACUAUUCAAAGGAUGAGGGAAUGGGAGGCAAAAAGAGAAUGAAUCAUUCAUCUGCUGUAUUUGGAUCAAUGCUAGUAGUAUAUGGAGGAUUAUAUGCCGAAGAAAAUAAACUUAUGAAUGAUGUCUCAGUCUUUGAUUUAGGUAACUUAUGUUUACAAUAAUUUUUAGAAAUCAAUAAAUGGUUAAAUGGGGGAGUCAAUUCUUACAUAGACUCUGAGAAAGGUUUAGUGAAGAUCCAUUAAAAACUUAUUAAAAAUCCCCUGCCGAAACUAUAAAUGCAUACAAUGACAACAUUUUACAACUUAGAUCUUAAUCAGCAAAUGAGAGAAUCAAGAAGGCUUUGGGAUUUACCUCCUGAACUUUAUUAAUAGAACUCUUAAGUCAAAUUUAACUAUGGAGGAAUGCUAGUCUUUGGUGGGAUAAAUGAAAAGAAGCAAAUUAAAGAUGAAUUAUGGUUAAUUGAGCCAAAUCAAAGUUCUAACAAAAGUGAUGUGUAUGCAUCAAAUGGUGCUUAUCUUAAUUUAGACUUUGACACAGAGAUUUAUGUAACAGCUAGAAAACUAAGUCCUAUGGGCAAGGGCCCGUGUCCUAGAUAUGGACACUCUGCUUGCUUAAUAAAAGGAUUGUAUCUUUGCGUUUUUGGAGGCAGAAAUGAUACAAUUAUGAAGGAUGGAAUCAAUCCCAUUUUGAACGAUUUGAAUCUAUUUGAUUUUGUUAACAACACUUGGAUUACGCUCGUUCUAUUUGGAUCUUAAUUAAUGGGAAGAACUCUUAGUGUAAUGGGAGCACUUAAUGGAGAUAAGCUUUUGAUAUUUGGAGGAACUGAUUUAAGAGCAUUUUGCUAAUCUAAAACUCUAACUUUCGUUGACUUCAAUGAGAAAAGUAUUGGAUAUAACUUAAGCCUUAUAAAAAAGACAGUUGAUAAAAUAGAUAAGCAGAUUAACUAUACAUGA